UAUGGACCACGACUGGAGCACGUACGGGAGACCAGUGUUGACUCACGCCGCAGACAAUUGUAUCGUGUAGAACCUCUCUCCUAGUCUCCUAACUUCCAAUUCCAACAAUUUGGAAGCUACAAAUUUGUUCCCCAGUUUCUGUGUUCUUAUUCCGAAUGGGUGAAAUUGAAACUGCUCCAAAUGGGUAUGAUUCACCUCGACCACGGUCUAAUCUCUUAAGGGAUCAAGUCCAGUUGGUGAAGAGAAAGGAUUCCAAUCGCUACGAAAUUGUCCCAAUUGGCGGUCCCUUAAAAUUUGAAAAGGGCUUUUUUGUAGUGAUCCGUGCUUGUCAGUUGUUAGCCCAACAUAAUGAUGGAAUAAUAUUAGUUGGAGUUGCUGGCCCCUCGGGUGCUGGGAAGACUGUGUUUACUGAAAAGAUGCUCAACUUCAUGCCCAGUAUUGCUGUUAUAUCUAUGGACAACUACAAUGAUGCUAGCCGAAUCAUUGAUGGGAAUUUUGAUGAUCCACGGUUGACAGAUUAUGACACACUGCUUCAAAAUAUACAUGAUCUGAAAGCAGGGAAGCCUGUUCAGGUUCCAAUAUAUGAUUUCAAGUCUAGCUCUCGAACGGGCUACAGAACGAUUGAAGUGCCUAGCUCGCGUAUAGUAAUUAUCGAGGGUAUCUAUGCAUUGAGUGAAAAGUUGAGGCCUUUCCUGGAUCUGCGUGUGUCCAUAACUGGUGGAGUACAUUUUGACUUGGUGAAACGUGUUUUACGGGACAUCCAACGUGUUGGGCAAGAUCCUGAAGAAAUAAUUCAUCAGAUAUCUGAAACGGUGUAUCCUAUGUAUAAGGCAUUCAUCGAGCCUGAUCUUCAAACGGCUCAUAUUAAGAUAAUGAACAAAUUUAAUCCUUUUACUGGGUUUCAGAAUCCCACUUAUAUUUUGAAGUCAACAAGGAUUGUGGCAGAUGAAGAAAUCAAAUCAGUGAUGGCAGAAGAACACAAGGAAACUAAGGAGGAAACAUAUGAUAUAUACCUUCUACCGCCUGGUGAAGAUCCUGAAGCUUGCCAGUCAUACCUGAGGAUGAGGAACAGAGAUGGAAAAUACAAUCUCAUGUUUGAGGAAUGGGUCACGGACACUCCCUUCAUAAUAUCACCUAGAAUAAGUUUUGAAGUCAGCGUCCGUCUUCUUGGUGGUUUGAUGGCCUUGGGGUACACUAUUGCGACUAUUCUGAAAAGAAGAAGCCAUGUCUUCUCUGAUGAUAAGGUUAUUGUGAAAACUGAUUGGUUAGAACAGCUGAAUCGCAAGUACAUUCAGGUUCAAGGAAGAGAUCGGUCAUAUGUUAAGUUUGUAGCAGAGCAGCUGGGUUUAGACGGUUCUUAUGUUUCACGUACUUACAUAGAACAAAUCCAGCUGGAGAAACUUGUAAACGAUGUCAUGGCUUUGCCAGAUGAUUUGAAGAGUAAGCUCAGCAUAGAUGAUGAAGUAGUUUCUAGUCCUAAAGAAGCACUUUCUCGAGCUUCGGCAGAUUCGAGAGUCAAAUAUCUUUAUGAUUCUACUACUGCAUCCCAUGUUAAGAUAAGCAAUAUUUCCCGUUCAUUUUCAACACACCGGGAGAAGCACCUGUCCAAGCUGACAAGGCUUUCUGUCAAUGAAGGAAGCUUUAAUGGGAUCAUCCCGCGAUCGCCUGCUGGUGUUGCAAAUCAAGGAGCUGUGACUCGUCUCUCAGAUCAGAUAUUCACACUGAAUGAGAGAAUGGAUGAGUUAACGUCUCGUAUUGAAGAGCUAAACUCCAAGUUUCCCCUUGGGAAGGUUUAUGCUAGCCAACAGAACUUGGCUCUACAGUCUGAAGCCUGUAAUGGCUCUACACCUCAACUUCUCAUGGCUGGAGGAUUAAGCAAUGGCCCUAUGACUGGUGGGCUAUUACCUCAUUCAUCAUCAUCUUCCCAAUUGGUGAAGGAUUCUCAAGUUGUUGAAGAGGUAAUGCUAGUGGCUAGAGGGCAGCGCCAAAUCAUGCAUCAGUUAGAUACUCUGAGCAGCCUUCUACACGAGUAUUUUGGAGAGAAAUCCCGCCAUGACAGAACAGACAGAACGGUCAGCAGUCUUAAUUAUGUAUCAAUUGCCAUCCCUCUUGUUACAACCUUAACUCUUGGUGGUUUAGGAGUUCUUUUGUUCAGAGGUCUUCCCUCUCAGAAGUAGUUAUCUGAUCCAGCACUUACAAACUAUUUAGCUUAAAAUAAUAUAGGAUAAAGUUACAGAUUUAUGAUCAAAAUACUGUUUAGUUUCUUAGAAGGGAGAAAAAGGCGCAUUCUGAAAGUUCGGUUUGUAAUUACACAAUAAUAGCCCUUGUACAGAUAUAGGGUGCUGUGUUGGACUUGGAUGUCUGCAAUGCCCACAGUUUAUGUAAUUAGUAUACAAAUUAAUUAAUAGAUGUCAAACAUAGUGUGAAGUUACAAAAAUAAUAGAUGUAAAAUCAAAUUGUGAGGUUACGCUGCUUAUGUGUUA